UGAGGUCAGCGGUUGCUCAAGGAGUACUUGAGACCGCGGUUCUUGUGUUCAGCGCUACAAUACCACAGGGAACCCAGUGAUACAAGAUUGUCAAAGGUUCCAAGAUGGCGUCGUCCGUACGAAGUAAUCCAGCACCGAAGUUUGUCCAAGGAGAGACAGUUUUAUGCUACGAACCGGACCUUACUAAAUCCAGAGUUCUAUACGAAGCAAAAGUUCUUGAAGUCGACCUUACUAAAGACGAGAAAGGAAAGAAGGUUCCUGAAUAUUUCAUUCACUUUAAUGGCUGGAAUAAAAGCUGGGACAGAUGGGUUAUUGAAGAUCAAGUGCUUAAAAACUCAGAAGCCAACAAAGCAUUAAAAGCCAAACUGCAUGAACAAGCAUGCAAGAGCAAGAAGAAGCGAAAACAACAACGAGCAAGCACAAGUUCAGAAGAUAACAUUCAAAGCACCAGCAAUAAUUUCAAUGCAGAAAUAUCAUCUUAUGAGGCAGAAAAUACUGAUCAACCAAAAGUAGAAAUUGAAAUACCAAGUCAGCUCAAGCUAAGGCUGGAAGAUGACUGUUACUUUAUCAAAAGAAAAAAGAAGUUGAUUCAGUUGCCCAGAACGCCAUGUGUGGAAGACAUCUUGGAGGAAUAUUAUCAAUAUUAUUUAAAAACAAACUCUGAAAGCAGUGCUCAUCUUGUGAAAGAGCUAAUGGAUGGUCUCAAAAUAUACUUUAAUUUCACUCUACCUACGCUUCUUCUAUACAACUUUGAGCGAGAACAGUUCAGACAAAUCAUGCAGCUAGGUCCAGGAGAGAGUGCCAGUAAUGACAGUCAACCCAGCAGUGAACAAAAUGGCUCUGCUCUAGAAGAAAAGUGUGGUGUUGUGAGUUCCACUACUGAGAACGCAAAAACUGUUGAUGAACCAACAAACUCACCAAGAGAGAAAGAGAAGAGAAUCUUAAGACGAAGAGCUCUAAGAAGCAAUGCAGCACACAGUGACCAACAAACCAGCCCAGCAAGUCAGUCAGGUUCUGAUAACAAAAACCAGAAUGAUACCCUAGAUCAAACAAAUCCAUCAAAUGUAACUAAUAAUGAGGAAUCUCAGUCAUCCAUGGUAUCGUCAACUUCAUCACCCUUACAUGUAGAUAAUUCAGUUAGCAGGCUGUCAACAAAGAGGAAAGCAAAAGAAGUAGAAGAGACUGAGCCAUCAAAUAAACAACCUUCUUCUGGCUUGUCAUCUUCACUACCUUUGACUGUUGCACUUCUUUCUGCUUCUUGUAAAGUACUGCCAUCAAAAUUAUAUGGCCCAGAACACCUGCUAAGGCUUUUUGUGAAAUUUCCAGGAUUAUUAGUUAAAACUAAUAUGCCAGAAGUAAACUUGAGUGCUUUAUUGGAUCAUAUUGACUUGUUUCUGAAGUAUUUAGUAGAGAGGUCACCUGUACUUUUCCAGGAUGAUGUUUACCAGUCUUUCUUGUAGUGUUAAAGCCUGUAAUCUAAUAGAGAGGGAUGAAAACUGCAGUAGUUUGUAAAUAAGCUUGUUUUCUUGAGUUUUGUACUGCUACGUACUGUAGUCUGAAGCAAAACUUUUGUUGUCAUUAAACAAACAGAAAUAAAGUAGAAGUUGCCAAUAGAUAAUGCCAA